AUGGUUUUGAUGACAAGCAUGAUGGAGACAUUCAAGAGAAGGGAUUUGGAGAAUUAUAAUGAUGAUGAAUCUGGUCAUGAGACUAGUAGCUUCAAGAGAAAUAAACCCGAGAAGUUGGAGCUUAAAACCACUAUAGUUCCAGCAGCGGAUAUUCUGAUGUGUACCAAGAUUUCGGAUUCAGGCUGUGGAACUGGAAAUGAUGAUAAAAUAUUGGUUAAUGGCUCAACAGAGAAGCUUCAUGCAGCAGCAACUAAGCUGCAAAAGUUUUACAAGAGUUACCGGACUCGAAGAAACCUAGCAGAUUGUGCUGUAGUUGUUGAAGAGCUCUGGUGGAAGGCUUUAGAAUUUGCAGCCCUUAGACGGAGUUCUGUUUCCUUCUUUAAUGCUAACAAAUCAGAAACAGCUGUUUCCCGAUGGGCACGAGCUCGGACAAGAGCCGCCAAGGUAGGAAAAGGGUUAUCAAAGGACGUGAAAGGUCAGCAGUUGGCUUUACGUCACUGGCUUGAAGCUAUUGAUCCACGCCAUCGUUACGGUCACAAUCUACACUUUUACUACAAUGUUUGGUUUGAGAGCGGGAGUUGUCAGCCCUUCUUCUACUGGUUGGAUGUUGGAGAUGGCAAAGCAGUCACUCUAGAUACAUGCUCGAGGGCAGACCUACAGCGUCAAUGCAUCAAAUAUCUUGGACCGAAAGAAAGGGAAGCGUACGAAGUUAUUCUGGAGAAGGGAAAGCUGAUUUAUAAACAAAACAAAGCGCCAGUGAGCACCAGAGAAGGAAGCAAAUGGAUAUUUGUUCUUAGUACAUCCAGAAUCCUAUACGUUGCUGAGAAAGUGAAAGGUCUGUUUCAGCACUCGAGUUUCCUAGCAGGGGGAGCCACCAUUGCAUCUGGCAGAUUGGUUGUUCGUCAUGGUAAACUUCACGCAAUCUGGGCCUACAGUGGUCAUUAUCGCCCGACAGAAGAAAAUUUCAUGGAAUUGUGCAGUUUCCUAGAGGAACAUCAUGUCGACUUGACCAACGUUAAGAAAAAUCCCAUAGAUGAAGAUAUCCCCUGGAAAGAUAAAAUUCAAAAGGAGCUGAAAGUUGCAGCAGAGAUAUCUGAAAACAAUGCAAUUCAUGGGAAAGAGAAAUCCAUUGAUUCGGGGAAGGUGAAGGAAGCAGUGAGAUACAAAUGGAGUACAGGAGUGGGACCUCGCAUUGGUUGUGUCAGAGACUACCCAGCACAGCUACAAUUCAAGGCACUUGAACAUGUUAAUUUAUCACCCAGGCUUGUUGUCAAGCCUUGUGGCCCCAUCCCUUCUCCAAGACCAAGUCCAAACCUUCUCUUGUCUCCUAGGCUUGCUUACCUUGGACUCGUUAGCCCAAGGGUCCGGCUUUCCGCUACUAAUUAAUACUAUUAGUAUUACUUAAUUUUAUAUAGGAUUAAGAAUAGGCCUUUGUACAUCAUGCACGGCACAUUGCCCUCCUCCCUACGAGUUUCUUUUCUCUCUUUCAAGUUUUAUUUUUUCUGUUUUUUUCUGUUUUUUGUAGUGGCUGCCCGGCCACCGGAGCGAUCCCGCUGCAACUCUAGCUUCUUCUUUUUUUUCAUUGUUUUCGGCAUAAUAACUCAAGUUCAUACCUUUCUCUUCUUUUGCCGGUCUCAAGCCGGCCGUGAAAGGCAGUGUCUUGGUGCUCUAUGGGUUCUCCCAUUUUUCGCCAUUUGUCUUUCAAACUAUUUGUAAGGCCACUGUUUUUACAAACUUUAUUUUUUUUAUCUUUCCUUUGUUUGAUGAAGUCCUCUGCUCUCUUGGUGAUUGCCACGCUGGUGCCUCUCCGGAGUUCCGUCGAAUAUGAGCUCCGAUGGAUUUUGGUGUCAUCACGCCAGUUUCUUCUACUCUUUAACAUUCUAAUGCAAAUAAAUUAAUUUGCUACCAAUGCAAUGCACUAGAACCCCUACUGUUAUGGUGUUGAUGCCCUCUCGAAGGCAAGGAUCUCAAGCCGUCGGUGUCCCCGACGGAGGUCCAUCUGGACCCACCUUUGGCUCCUCCUCGACGGUGGUUCUACUGGUCGCAAGAACGAUAGCCCCGCUGGUGUUGAUAAAUCCGAUCACCGUCCUCCCUCCCUCGAUGCAAGAAGUGACAGAUAGGAAUGCUUGUGGCUAUGGUUGAUCGGGUGGCUCUUUACCCACGUUCUAAGUGUUGUCACCUCUUGUGCUUUUGGGCUCAUAUGAUUGUACUCUUCUUAUGUUAAUGAAAUGUUUCCUUUCCUCAAAAAAGUUAAACAAAA